AUGCGGACGCCGGCCGAGCCCCCACGAAAACGCGCUAAGUUAGACAAGAGUGUCGACCCGACUAAAUUCACAGAUGGAAAAGACGUAUUAAAAGGCCUUUCAGGUCGCAAUCAGGACGAGCUAAUUCACAACUUAACCAGUCUACGCAAUCGAUUGACAGUUCGGCGUGAUGAGAGCUCAAUAGCACCGGAUGACGGGCGUUUGGUGCUCGCGAAGAGCUGGCUGGAGCUGUCACCCGGCGCACCAGAGGUGUUCGCGUUAUGGGAUAGCAGUAAACAGGCCUCCGUCACUUGCCUGGUUAUUUCUCUCCUCGCCAGCGUCCUGACCCUCCUCAACUCCCAAUACACGUAUCACACCUUUGGCCAGCCGAUCAUUAGAACGCUGCUUAGCCCCCAGUAUACCCAGAGGCUUAACACAUACCUCAAUGGUGCCCACUCCGAGUCUAUACUCGUGACACUGAAACUUUUCAAUGUGCUAUCGUCAUUUGCGGGGGGACGCGAAAAGAAAGCAGUCUUAGAAGCUUUUGCCUGGGAGUCCAAGUCUUUGCCGAAGCUGCUGAACAUGCGACGGAAGGGAAAGGAUGUUGAGGGGAAUGAUGGGCUAGCAAGACCCGAUAUCCGGACCCUGUAUGUUCUGUUCAUCCACUCGUUCGUCGAUCCCUCCGCCAGCAGCUCCAUCAAGUCGACAUUCCUGGAACAGUACCGAAACGUCUUCCAGGCCGUCUUCAAAGGACUGAUCCAGGAUUCGUACUCAGUCAUUCGGAGAGUGCUCGAAUUAUGUUGGACGGGCAUCUUUUCAGACUCAAAACUCAAGCGGACGUUGAAGGUCACCCUGUUCAACGAGAUCACGUUAUCCCAUAUCAUCAAAUUGUACGAGCGUAGAGCACCCGAAGGCUCAGAGCCAGACCAAGUGCCGGCGGAUCUGGUGCACCACUUCCUACUGGCUAUCUGCGCGCGUCCGGGCGUCGGCGUAUGCUUCAAAGAUCGUGGGUGGUAUCCGCGAGAAAGCGAGGAGGGAGAUAACGCGGACGACUCCGAAACGAAGAGUAGCAACCAACGGGUCAGCAAAAUAUACAACAAGAUACUGUUGAAUCUGCUGAAGACCCUGAAACCCAACGAGGACCCGCGCCAGCAGGAACUCGCACUGAAGAUACUCGCUGCCUGCCCGGAAUUGGUCGCUGCUUACUGGCCGGCCGCAGCGCUCACCCUUGAGCCUCGUCUUUCCUCGAAAUGGAUCGCCAACAUCUCGUUCUUCGGCUCCGUCAUUUCUCUGCCCGUCCCCGUAUCCUCCUUCCACCUCCCAAACAGUACGUUAUAUCAACCGACGCCACCGCCUUUGAACACGAUACUCGAGAAUAUUCUCCCCUCCGUCGGCAUAAAAUCACAUCUCUCCAAGGGCCUGCAGUCCCCUUCUGGGCUCGUCCAGCACUGCGCCGCGCUCGCGUUAGUAAAGUGCCUGACGAAGUACGACAAAGUCAUCUCUGCCUUCCAGGCGGUCGAGGAGGCACUACAAGAGAACGCGGAGGGACAGUGGGCGCAGCGGAGGAGGGAUGUAGACCGUGAGGUACGGAGACGCGUGCCGGACUUCCAGGUCGUCGUGGCCUUCUCUCAACAGAAAUUGCGUGGAGAAGCGAAGACGGGGGAGGCGGGUACGGAGCCCAAUCCGGUCAAGCUGGCGCUGCUGUCCGAGGUUGCGCAGCGCUUGAUAUGGCUAUACCAGCGGUGUCUGCCGUCUUUGGUUGCAGAGGUGAGGUUCGACGUUGGGCGGUUGCUGCAAUCGUUUAUGCCGGUAUCUCGAGAUAACGAGGAGGCCUCGGAUGCUUCAGACGACGAGGAGGUGGAGGCGGCGAAUGUUUCAGAGGAGGGUUUCGAAGCUUCAGAUGGAACAUCGGGUAUAGACUCGGCUGACGGUGAUUCAGAUCCUUCAGGGCACUCGGGACUACAGACCCUCCAACAGCUUCAUAUUCUCCGGCUACUAAAUGAGACGGAGCAGUUUACUUGGACCAAUAAACUCGAUUCGACACACAGUUAUCUGUACGCCCUGCUCGACACCUACGUCAAUAGUGAGAUUCCGUCUUUGCACAGAAUGAUCGAAAACCUGCUGCGCAACGUGCUCUCACAGAGCAUCAUGUUCCAGGAAAGCCCAGAUGAGGUGCACCUCUGGCUUGCUGCUCUGCCGACCACACGGCGAAACCCGGGCACAGAGGCACCGGACGGUGCCCCGCUCACGGACGAAGGCGCAAGUGUCGUGUUAUUCCUUGAUGAUUGCAUACAACGCUGUAUGAAGGUGCCCUACAAAUACUUGGAGGAAAUGGACAAUCUUCUUUCGCCUUCGAAAGAAUCUUCAAGUGGCAAUGGCCAUAUCGUUGGUCUCCUUCUGGCUACCGUUCUGGAGCAGCUCUCUGCCAAGAUGGACGCGGAGUUAUUGGAACCCUCGGAUACUCUGGCGAUUACUACUUUCCUGCGGAAGCUGUGCUUCAAUAUAGCGACAACACUGGAGGAGCCGGAGCUGCUGCUUCCAGUGGCACAACGAAUAGACACCAUACUGGCCUUGGAUCGACUUCCCCCCGACUUCCCUAUUAUGGGGAAGGCUAUCCGUCGUGAAGUAUCCAUACUCUUCAUGGCCCUCCAGCGACUUAAGACGGUGCCCCCUCAUGGAUCCCAUGGACCCGUGGAAGGCAAUCUGGAUGUAGGGGAGUUCCUCGCUCAGGUCGAGCAGUUGCCUAUCCCUCCUGACCAGCUUCGCCCGGGUGCCGCAUAUGAGCUGGUUGACUGGCUACGUCUACUUGAAGAGUCCAUGUCCUCGGAUGACCUACGUAUGUUAGUCUCGGCAGUCAAACGACUGCAUUCUCCUGCGGUGCGCGAUCUCUUCCAGUUCCUCCCGCCGGAUGCGGAAGCUUUAUGGGACGGUCUGAAUUUCCAACCGUGGGUUGAGGAGAAUGCUACACAAUUAGAUUUCGAGUGGUUGCUGAUUCAGAUGGCGGAUGAACAACUGAAAGAGCCCAGAGCAGCGGAAUUACUAACCGAGCUUGCUCGCCCAGACUCACUGCUCGACCUGAAGAGGAUAACUUGCACCUUGUUACAGCGCGCAAGAUCCUUGGAGAGUGCAUCGACGUGCCUCAGUGUAGCUGCACGAGCAAUUGAGAAAGGCCGUGCAAAGCUCAAUGGGCGGGAUUUAAGUGCGUUUAAGGAGUACAUGUUCCAUGGCUCUGAAGCUUUCCGGAAGCUUUCGCAGUCGACUUCCCUGGCAGAAUCUCAGCAUCAAUCAUUGUGCCGGGUGCUCGAGUUGUUGAUCGAUUCCAAAAUCGAGGAAGACAGAGUACUCGUUACGGAUAUAGUCGAAUAUUGGUGCCAUUUGCUUCGGGAUACCCCGAAUCUUCACGAGGCUUCUUCCGCUUCUAUCUGGGUGCCGUUUAUGAAUGAAUAUUCUCUCCUCUGCAUGUUGGAUGCUGCGCUGGAAAAGGCCAAUGACUUCGAACUGUCCGGCAGCUCUCGUGCCUUCAUGGCCGACCUUCUAGACGCGCUCUCCCGUCGUUUAUUGUCGAAGGACGUCACUCUUGCUCUGCGGGAACGCCUGCCUCGUCUCCUUUCACUACGGUCCCAAAUUGGCUUUGCGACUGUAGAUAAUGUCCUCUCAGCGCUUGGUGAAGCAUCACUUCCUCUCGGAUACAGCGGUCGUUUAGUGGUCUCUGACCGGAGCACAAACUCAGGCUGGGCCUUCUCUGCGUCUGUAUGCGACGCACGAUUUACCAAUCGGAAACAAGGGCUCCUCGAUGCGUCGACAGCUGCUUCAGUCCUUACUCGCACAGACUGGUCUUCUACAGGAGAAGCGGUUGCAUAUGAUCUGCUGUAUCGGAUGCCUUCAGAUUAUAAUUGGUUCCUCUCAGUCUUCUCUGAUGAUAUCGUCCGAUCCGACUUCUCGUCACAGAUAUUGAAUCUUCUCGACACCUUCCUUGAUUCUUCAGCCUGCAAUGGAUCGACGGUUGUAGUGGAUAACCUACUUCCGUGGAAAACUGUCCUUACGAAGCUACUGGAUCAUGCGCAGCUGGAGAAGCCGACUGUUACUCAUGCUCGAGCAAUCUUCAAUAUGCUCGAGCAAUGCCAGGACCUGCGAAUAGAACUAGCAGCCAUACUACAGCGGCACAUCUCGUCUUUCCCUAUUCAAUCAACCCCCGGAUAUGUUUUGGCUCUGGGGUCGGUACGCAUUGCGGAGGUCUCGCCUGAGGCGUCUGCGUCGCUGCUUGAGCGGGCCUUGCAGUGGGCAGUGGACUACUGCUCAGGGGACGUACCAAGCACUGCUGAGAUAGAUACAGUGUUUAUGAAGCUUUCCCACUUGAUAAGACAUGUCCCGGGCACGAAGUCGCAUAUUGCCGAACCCGUCAUCGCAGCAGCUAUCAAACACCGGCUAGAUACGUCGAGCAUAUUAGCGUUUCUUGUGGAGCUGGUGAAAGCGGUUCAUCUGAAGCCCGUAGUCGUCAAUCGCUACUUGCAAAGCAUUCUCCAACAUCCACUUUUCUUCCGGCUUUGUCCUUCAACGAGUCAGCCGGAAGGACGAUCAUCCAGGGAAGCAUUAAUCAAUCUCAUAGGCGUCCUUUUCCAUUCGCAUCCCACGAACACAUGCCAAGCCAGCCAUAUUGAACCUCUUGUACGUGUUUACACGGGAAGCCUAUCUAUCUCAGACCAGAUACUAUUCGGCAUCUUCCGUCUGUUUGAAGAAACCCGGGAGAUGUCUGUAUCAUCACUUCUGAUCAGAUGGUCGCCUUUGCACGACACGGUUUCGAGUGGCGCGCUGGAUGCCGUGCAAAAUCUCGAUGCUAACCGGGUCUUUCGGACCUGUCUGUCAUGCUCCUCGCGAAGAGCCAUAUCUAGAACUGAGGAUGUCUAUGCUGGAGAAGUGCUGUAUGACCCGAUCUUCUUAGGGCUAUUGAUCUCGCGCAUAUUGCUAGAUGACCUUCCGGAAGGCGCUUUGGGCUGGGUGCGGUUGCUUCGUACUAAUGUUGUCUGCGUUGUGAUUCGCGGGCUGUCUUCCCGAGACGCGGAAUCGAGACGCUUAUCUUUGGGGCAACUGAGUGCUCUAUACAAGUCUAUAGAGGCAGCUGAUUUCCAAGAAAAGCCUCACGUCAUCCACAUCUUCAAUCUCCUCAGGGGAUUACGACUCACCUCUACAGCACCUGAAGUUGCUCAUCUUCCUUCUUAUGCCACGCUUAUCCUCGCUCAUGCACUUCGUGCGAUAUUCUACCCGUCCAACUUCAUCUAUCCACAUACCGCGCGGUUCCUUCUUCAACGUCCUGCUCUCGAUAUCCACGAUGUGCCCUUGUUAUACGGCAUGCUCUACAGUAGCUCUGAUGAGUGGAAGAGAGAGCGGUUGUGGAUGAUAAAAUAUCUCGCGGACGGGCUGCAAAGCAGCCAGGACUGGAGAGUAUGCAAACGCAGGCAUACAUGGGAUUUGCUCGCUAGCUUAUUCCAAAGUUCACCGAAAGACCGUGCGCUGAGAAAUGCUAUCCUGGAAGUCCUUGCGAAUGCAACGUCUAUCCCAGAGGCCGCUACAUCCUUGGUCACCAAAGCAGCUAUUCUCCCGUGGAUAGAGAUGCAGGUGUCAGGUGAUACUCGGGACGAGGAGACUGAGGCAUUCGUCAAGAUUCUGGAGAAUAUCCUUGUUCGGGCUGAUCAUAAGAAGGCUGAGCAGUUCACAAAAGGUGCCUGGCGGUCGGCGAUUUGCAGGGCCUUGAGCCCUAUGUUGGAUAAGACGGAAUUCUCAGGGGGACUCUUGAUGUUCGUCGUGUCUGUCGUGUUGCGACUCAGUCUGUCAACCGAAGGAGCAGCUGUCAUCGGACUGUCGUCCCUUCUCGACAAGGCGUUCAGCUGGCUCUUACGGCUCGAGGCGGAUAUCAGCAUCACGCAGUCUUGGAAGUACCCUGAUACUCCCUCGCGUCUGCUGCAGCCUCCGCACCGGGCUCAGACAUUACAUAUCGUUCCGGAACGUGACCCAGUGCUUGUAUGGGGCGAGUCGGUGGAAUGGUUGUGGCGUGUCUCGAUGACUUUGCCAAGGAAGUCGCCCAGCUGGGAUGGCCUUACAAGCCGAUUGUUGGUGUGGAGAGCUAUCGUUGGCCCAGAGGUUAGUCCCGUGGGCGAAUGGGCACGCCGGGAGGUGGUACGAAAUCUAUCUACUAGCUGAUGUGUAUUUGUAUCCGAUUCAAAAAUCGUGCCCUCUCCUCGUGCACUAUAGUACAGUGUGUUAUCCGGCUCUCAUGGGAAC